UGGUCAUCUCCUGUACUAUGUCCGCAGUCUCUGGUCAUCUCCUGUACUAUGUCCGCAGUCUCUGGUCAUCUCCUGUACUAUGUCCGCAGUCUCUGGUCAUCUCCUGUACCGUGUCCGCAGUCUCUGGUCAUCUGCUGUACUAUGUCCGCAGUCUCUGGUCAUCUCCUGUAUUAUAUCUGCAGUCUCUUAUAGUCCUCCUAAACAUUGCAUAUGUUGAACACUAUGUGUGGCCCUUUAGUAAUGUCAGGGGCCACAGCUUAGGCUCUCUAUAGCUCAUAAGUUCACAACCACUAGGGCAUACCGGGGGAAAUUUACUAAAACUGGCGCACUCAGAAUCUGGUGCAGCUGUGCAUGGUAGCCAAUCAGCUUCUAACGUCAGCUUGUUCAGUUAAACUUUGGCAAUAAAACCUGGAAGUUGAUUGGUUUCUAUGCAGAGCACCACCAGAUUCUGCACUCUCCAGUUUUAGCAAAUAACCCCCACCAUGUCCAUGACAAUAAUCCCUUUUCCUUAUUAAUAGUUCUGAUUAUUAUAGUUUAUUGAU